AUGAGGAUCCAGUGCGACGCGUGCGAGGGCGCGGCGGCGACGGUGGUGUGCUGCGCGGACGAGGCGGCGCUGUGCGCGCGCUGCGACGUGCAGAUCCACGCCGCCAACAAGCUGGCCAGCAAGCACCAGCGCCUGCCGCUCGAGGACGCCGCCGACGCCGCCGGCCUCCCGCGCUGCGACGUGUGCCAGGACAAGCCGGCCUUCGUCUUCUGCGUGGACGACAGGGCGCUCUUCUGCCGCGACUGCGACGACUCCAUCCACGUCCAGGGCACGCUCUCCGCCAACCACCAGCGCUACAUCGCCACCGGCAUCCGCGUCAGCUUCAGCUCCGUCUGCAGCGCCCACGCCGACACCCACCCGCCGCCGCCGCCGACCUCCAAGCCCAAGGCGCCGCCGACCGUCGCCGUCCACAGGGCGGAGCCGGUCUCGGCCGCCGCGCAGGAGGUGCCGUCGUCGCCGUUCCUGCCGUCGUCCGGCUGGGCCGUCGAGGACCUCCUGCAGUUCUCUGACUACGAGUCCAACGAUAAGAAGGGUUCUCCGUCUCCUCUUGGGUUCAAGGAGCUGGAGUGGUUCGCCGACAUCGACCUGUUCCACGAGUAUGACGACCAGGCGCCGGCACCAAAGUGGGGCAGAACCGCGGCGGAGGUGCCCGAGCUCUUCGCCUCGCCGCAGCCGGCCAGCAACGCCGGCUUCUACAAGACAGCCGGAGCGCGCCAGAGCAAGAAGGCGAGGGUGGAGCUGCCCGACGACGACGACGAGGACUACCUCCUCGUUCCUGAUCUUGGAUGA